UUUGAAUCUUCAAGUAGAUUGAGCUCAUCUGUGCUUUGUUGAUAAUUUUUAUUUAGAUUUUUACAAUAAUUUAUUAAUUUGUUUCUAAAAAUGCAAAGAGUGAUAUUCAGGUCAUCUUCAAGAUUAGCAUCUCGAUACAUUGCUAAACCAGUUCUAACUAAUAGAUUAACAAUACUUAGCAGUUUAAAAUAUCGAAAUUAUUCAUCUGGGAGUCAUGGAAAUAAGAAUGAAGAUGAUGAGAAGUAUUAUAAACUACUAGUACCUGGCACAUUUGUUGCAGCUACAGCACUUUUAUAUUAUGCCAAUUUACCAGCGAAAAAAAAGAAAGUAGCGGCAUCAGCUGAGGAACCUAGUAAGGCAAGUGAGUUCACUGAUGAGGUUGAAGAAGUUGAAGAAGUUGGAGUAGCUGAAGCAGAACCUGAACAAACUGAAGAGACUAAAACGAGUGAAAAGGCAGUAGAAGAAGGUUCUGAUGAGGAGGUACAGCAGGAGAAAUCCAGUUCUCCAGAAGAAGAGAGCAAAGAAGUUAAAGAGACUAAAGAGUUUGAAGAAACUAAAAAAGGAACGAGCGCUGAACCAAGUGAAGCUGGAGCAGCAUACAAUCCAGAAACAGGAGAGAUUAAUUGGGAUUGUCCAUGUCUUGGAGGUAUGGCAAAUGGACCUUGUGGAGAGGAAUUCAAAGCAGCAUUUUCAUGUUUCGUUUACUCUGAGAGCGAACCUAAGGGUUAUGAUUGUCUUGAGAAGUUCAGGGAUAUGCAAACAUGUUUUAGGUUGUAUCCAGAUGUUUAUAGCGAAGAAUUGAGGGACGAGGAAGAUAAUGUUGUUGAAAAAGAUGGUAAAGAUGGUAAAGAUGGUAACGGAAGAAGUGCGGAAGAGGAGUUACAAGCUUUAGAAGAAAAAAUGGAAAAGGAAAAUGCGAAGUUGAAGGAGUUGAAGGAGUCUAGUGAGUCGAAAGAACCAUGAUUUUUUUUAUUUGUGAAUUGAGAUAUGGAUAUUCUAGUUGUAAGUAGAAAGUUGUAAAUAUGUUUUUAUUUUAUUUUAUUUUAAAUAUAUAAUAGAGUAGUUUAAAAUAAGACAAGAGUAAGAUAAAUGUAAGAUUAAGAUAAAAGAGCAAA